AUGUUUACCGCUGGCCGUCUCCCAGACCUGGCACUCGCCUGGUCUCCAGGCGAUGGAGGACUGUUGGCCUUGACCAACGAAGCCUCCGCCACCGACGACACAGCAGCAGCAUCCUCGCCGCCCAGGGAGAAAUCGCCGUCACCCGUGCGAGGCCCUGCUGGCCGUGGACGUGGCAGCACAUUGCCUGCUUGGAUGACGCAAGGCGUUGGAAAGACAGCCACGGCUGAAAUCGACAAGGCUCCAAAGAUCCCAGUGCAAGACAAAGAACAUGAAGAGCGUUUGGCGGCCAUGGAUGAGAUCUUUGCCGAACGGCAUGGCAACGAGCAGAAAAGCCGCGAAGUCGUUCAAAAAACCCUGGCCAUCGAAGACAAUUGUGCGACCGCACCUCCCGACACCGUCUUUAAUAUGCGUCGAUCUGGAAAGCCAGCCCAGAAGGCCCUGACUUUGACCGAAAGGCCAACCUUGACACCGCGGGUGCAGCACCCCUGGCAAAAGGCCACCGAAGAACCAGAGCCAUGGGAAGAGGAUGCCGAGAAUGCCGAGGAUGCCGAAAUGCCGGAGGCUUCCCACGAGCCUUGGGAAGAAGAAGAGUGGGAAGAACAGCCACAAGCUAGCAGUUGGAAAGGCCACGGCCAAAACAACCAGAACAAGCCGUGGCGACUCCAGCAUGCUCAGCAUGCUCAGCAUGCUCAGUAUGCUCAGCAUGGCAAAAGCUGGCAAAAACCACAAGAGUGGUCAGGAAAACACUCAGAGGAGUGGUCAGGAAAACACUCAGAGGAGUGGUCAUCGUCAUCCUCCAGUUGGGGGUGGAACAAGAAGCCUCAGAAUCAGAAUCAGAACUGGGGCAAGAGGAAGUGGGACAGCAAUGACAAUUACAACAGGAAGUGGCAGAAUCAAGAGAAGUGGGACAAAGACAACAGCUGGGAUCAAUCGGCAGAUGCUAUAGAAGAUCAAGUUGAGGAAGGUAACUUGGCUGCAAGACGACGGGAUCCUGGAAUACAUGUCUUUUUGGCACACAUACUCGUAUUAUAUAAAAUCAAAGGAAACCGAAGGAAACCGAAGGAAACGAAAGCAAAUCAAAGGAUACCCUGCUGUGAAGAAUGCAUGUUCCAGUGA